AUGGCUCCUCUUUUAGAGUCAAGACUCCUUCAAUUACAUUGUACAUACUUCUUCCUCAUGUCCAUGAUCGGGAGUGUCAUACUCUACACUAGCUCGACGCAGAUCAAUCAUCUACAGUAUGUUGACGCGUUGUUCAUGAGCUUCAGUGCCAUGACGGGAACUGGCCUCAGCGUGCUGGACCUCUCUACGUUGAACGCUCUACAACAGGUCACCCUAUUCAUGCUCUUGAUCAUGGGCCACGCUAUUCCAGUCCACGCAGCCAUCUCGUUCCUACGCGCCCUAACCCUUCGUUUUGCUCUGAAAGACAAAAAUAAAAUAGGAUGGCAGACUAUAAUCCGGAAACCAGUCCUACACACACAAGAAAAUGUGGCCGAUGAGAGCUAUGAUAUUUUUAUUUCUGCGAAGCUGUCGAGUCCGUUGAAAUCACACAUCACAGAGAGGAGAAUAUAUGCAGAUAUUCCAUCCCCGGACGAGUCCAAUGUCUCUCGAGACGCUCGUCACUUCAUCAUUAUCACCAACCCGUCAUAUGCUGAUACAAGUCAAGAAUAUCAGUGCAUAGAGGGCUUUAGUCACCCAGGGAGCGCCAGGGAUUUGAAAACAUGUUUAUUUUGGAUUUCCAUGAAGCUGAAGAGCAUAUGGCCCCGAAUCAAAAAUCAUCAGAGCCUGAGCAGAUCAAUCGACCCUAGUGAACCGGGUUGGAUAGAGUACAACGCAAUGAUCUUAGUAUCUUUGCUUGCAAUACUCUACACUGUUUCGUUCCUCUUUAUCGGCAUUCUGAGUGUUGGACUUUGGUUGAAGUUAGCUCGCCCAGACAUUCCUCUAACAGAUGGAGUCUCUCCUCUAUGGGCAGGUGCUUUUCUUGCCACAUCUGCGUUUGUCAACAACGGGAUUAUACUUUCCAUUUCAUAUUGGACGUACUCAAUGUUGCAAUCUACUAAUGUCGACCUCUCUAGACCAACUCCACUCCUCAUCUGCGGCUUUCUAAUUCUUGCUGGUAACACGCUAUUCCCUUGCUUGUUACGACUUGUGAUCUGGGCUAUGAGAAAAGCCCUACCAGAAAGGCGGAAGUGGCGGUUGUGGCAACAAACUCUAGAUCUGAUUCUUACCCAACCUCAAAGUGUGUGCACUUUUCUAUACCCGGCCUGGCACACCUGGUUUUUAUUUGGCACUGUUUUGAUGCUAAAUGGCAUCAUGUUGGGGGCCUUUGAGCUUGCAUCCCUUCGCAACAGCGAAAUAGCGAGCCUCCCUUUCAAGUUUCGUGUCUUGGACGGGCUUUUCCAAUCUUCUGCUGUUCGGGGUGGUGGGUUCUCUGUCGUGACAUUCGAGACUCUGCCGCAAGGACUGCUUAUUGUUUAUGGUAUGACUUAUUUCUGGCCACGAGAUAGAUUAUUUCCUCUAACAUCUACCAAAAGCACAUAUCCACAACGAAAGACGCCAAAAAGCAUCCCAUGCCUCGAAGCUGGCGAAUUGGCCUGCUCAAUUCCUGUAAGCGGCUCAGAAAGCUCAAUACUUAGCCGUCGUCAUGUCUACUACGAGCACUUUCGUGUCCAGCUUAGUUAUGAUCUAUGGUGGCUUAGCCUUGCCAUCAUUGUCAUCUGUGUUGUUGAGUCGAAUCAUUACACCUCACAGCCUCUGGCUUUCUCCACCUUCAACAUAAUCUUUGAAGUCGUAUCCGCAUAUAGCUAUGUGGGUGUGAGUGUUGGAUAUCCCGGCAAAAAUUAUUCGUUCUGUGGAGAAUGGAGCUCGUUCAGCAAAGUGUUGCUGAUAUUAAUUUCUUUUAUUGGUCGACAUCGUGACCUACCUAUUUCAAACUGGAAGUCUACAUGGUCGAGUGGGUCCAAGGAAGCUUCGGAGAAGGACAUAAAGCUUCAAGAUACCAAGGUUGAAAAUCUCUCAUUUGCGACCGACCGGCUCUAUUGA